AUGAGUGCAUAUUUAGCUCUACCUAGAAGCCUGAGACCUCCCCAGACCCUCUGUCUGCAUCUCUUGUCUUUUCCCACCCACCCUGCCACAAGGUCCCCUCACCCACCACUGUCCCUUUUUGGCCAUUGCCCCCCGGCCCCGCAUCUUGUGCUCAUGGCCUCCCUGUGGCUGUCAGCCUCUGACCUGUCAGCCCACCUCUCAGCUUUCCCCCCUCACUACCCUUCUGAGCCUGCACAGCUGCUAGAUUUAUCUUCUGAAGAUACGCUUCUGCACACCCCUCUUGUUCAGUGCCCAGUGGCUCUCGACCAGAGUAUCCAGUUUAGACCUUCCUGA